CAAAACAAUUGGAGAACAAAGACUUCUAUUCAGCUGUUUGUGUCUUUUGACUUGCUCCUGUGAGUCUGUGACGCCAAGCGCUUAAAGCUUAUCUUUCCCUCUCCUCACAUUUUACCCCUCCACGGAUAUUUUUCCUUAAGAUUUCACAACGUCAACUACAGACCCCCAGCCAUAUUAACGAUGGCGUCAGGGAUGAAUAUGGGCUUCAAUGCCCUUCUUAUUUUAUGUCUUGUGCUCGUCGUGCUUCCCUCUCAAGUCCAUGCAUUUGGUGCUGGCAAUAUUGCUUCGAUCUCCACCGUCGAGGGCAAGAACUGGCGCCAUGGCGAUAUUGAAGAUAUGCUUAAGACUGUUGCCUUCAUCAAAGGCCAUAAGUGGACUUCCACCAUGAUCAAGCGCGUCUACUUUGGCAACUGGUUGCGUGAUUACUCCCAGGCGAUGGACGUCGGCACCCUCAAGAGUGUCCAAGCGGACACUAUCCGAAUCCUUGUCUGGAUCCUGUCUUUCAUGACUUUCGGUUAUGCGACGGCAGAAUUUGAGGUCACAUCUGACAGGCUCGGAACUUAUCGCCCUGAGGAGCAUAUCGACAACCCAAAGGACUAUGCCGACAACCAAGAUGCGCGUCAGUAUGAUUCUCGGCUGCGUGGCCCGGUGCGUCAAAUUGAGCUCGAUAUCGAUCCCGAUACCGGCAUGAAGAACUAUAUCGCCAACGAACGAGGUGACUGGUCCACAAGUUCCGGGUAUAUCAAAUACAGCUUGGCUCGCAGUAUCCAUUACGGAAGGCUGUAUAGCAGGAACGGUAACGAGGAAGACCUCUGCGAAGCUUUGCGGUGCCUCGGCCAAGGACUCCAUACUCUUGAGGACUUUGCAGCACACACGAACUACUGCGAACUCGCGCUUCGUGAGAUGGGCUUUCGUAAUGUAUUUCCACACACCGGCAAGCGGACUGAGAUGAAAGUUCGGGGUCACCGUGUCUACCCUCUCGUAACAGGAACAUUCGGUAUGGUUGAUUUCUUCCAUUCCAUGCUUGGAGAAGCGACCGAUCACUUCACCCAGUCAGAAGUCAAUGAAAUGGAUAUUGCUCUGGGAGAUGCACAGUCAAAUACAUCUUCCGGCUCUGCUAGCGCGUUGACAGCACUGCUCGGCAAGGUCCCAGGUACGAGGGAUCUUGUUAACGAAGCUGAGGAGCUCAGGCGUCGCUCAGACGAGCAAGAAUCGAGAAACAAGAGCGGCGGUCAUCGUUCAAGCUAUUCAACUCGUGGAUCUACUCGAUCCCGUGACGACUUCGACUCAGGCAGCAGCCGAGGCUUCGGCGGCGAACAAAGCAGGUCUGCCAGAGCUGAUGAUUCUAAUCAAGGUUCUUCGGGCGGACUGCCUGACUUCGAUGCAAGCCAGACCAUUGAUCAGAUAUAUCCUAUCCUGCAGUUCAGAGAUAAUGUCGUGCGGAAGCUCUCAUCCAUCAUUGAGAAUAUCCCCGGUCUGGAAACACUGGUCGAGACGAUCACUGAAACUUUGACCGUUUUCGUCAUGUCUCUAUUGGCGCCCUUCGUUCGUCCUAUCAUCAACGCCGCCUCCAAGCAGCUCCAGGCUGGCUCCUCUAGCGUCAUUGAUGCUUCUGGCCAACACCAGUAUGAACCAUGGACUGACCCUCACUGCACCGACCCUACCCACUCCUUGCUGUCCAAGGAUCACUUCUCCAACAUUCUCAACGAGCCAGCUGGUCAAGUCGCUUCUGCCAUUCUAAAAUAUGUCGCGCCUCGCGUCCUGUACGCUUGGGAAAACACCAACAUCUCUGAGCGGCAGGUUGUGGAGGAUUGCCUCAAAGUAUUCCAUCAUCCCGCUCUGAGGGAUAUGCGCAAUGAAGCACAUCGGACCAUGUACGAAGCAGUUGAAUCUUGGGUGCAAUCGAGGCCGGAUCGUGGCUCUGAACUAGACGAUAUCCUCAGUGCCGAGGGGGUGAAGGCAGGAAAGAACCAAACAGGAGAGGGUGGCCACUCCCAUGGGCACGGCCAUAGUCACAGCCAUGCAGCUCAGAAGCCUCAUAGUCAGUCAGGACAGUCACAGUACCGCCCACCCCAACAGCAGGAGCAACAAAACCUGUCUUCCCCCUUCGACCAACUUUCCAGCCUUCCCAUUCCCGGUAUAUCUAAGCUUAGCAGCGCUUUCUCUAGCUUUGGACUGGGUGGCUCCUCGAGGAGUGACGAGACUUCGCAGCAGACUACACCUCCACCUGAGCCUCAGUAUCAACAGCACCAUCAGUCUUACCAUGAAGUAUCUCAUCAACGCCAAGACUAUGAAUCUCGCCACCAAGGCUACCAGUCGCAUUACUCCGGGGGCGAUUAUAGCAGCCAUAAGAGUCACCAACACGGUAAUGGAGGUGGAAAAAGUGCAGACUACUACAAUGAAUCAUCGUCCAGCCAUGGAUACGGUGAUUAUUCUGAAUCUCAAGGACACAGCCAACGUCGCCAUCACAACAGUCAUCAGAGUCAUGGCGAUGACCAAGGUUAUAACUCUAGAUAUAACCUAAGAUCCAGGGAAAGCCACAGACCAGACUACAGAGAAGGGUAUGGCUCUGAAUAUGACCAAGGCUCUGAACAAGGCUACGGACAAGGAUAUGGCGGUGGGUAUGGCUCCAGUGGAUCCCGUUGGUGAUUCUGAAUCAUGAAGAAAAUGCUCUGUAUUACUUCUCUUGUAGUAUUUGGGGUUAGUGGGUGUUGGAGUAGGGGUAAGUAGUUUACCGGCUAAGUGGAAAGGCAUGUGGCGGUCAGCUUUGUGAUUGAAUCAGCGCAGUUAGUAGCAGGCUCAGAUGUAGGUUCACGAGAAUGCACAAGUUGAUUUUGUCUAUUCGAAAAUUAAGUAUAAUUUAUACUCUUAUCUCAUAUACCGGGUAAUUAGAAUCCAAUUAAUAACACAGAGCUCCUGUCUCUUUAUGUGUCCUCUCAGAACUGACCUCAUUGUUGUUCUGGAAUCGGUGUGAGUAGUUUGCCAUUGCUCAGGGCA